AUGAAGAGGCUAAUUCUCUUCCUGUUCAUCAUUCAGGAAACUCUAUCCUGCGUUUUUGACAAAGUGGAAGUACUUUCCGGCAUCGGAACCGAGGCUUGGUCCUCAUAUUCGGAAACGAGUGCUGAUAAAUGCUUUGCUAAGUGCUAUGAGGACAAGAACUGUGCUGGAAUCUCGUACAAGGAGGGCUUGCAACUGUGCACAACGUAUCCUCCUGGAAAUGGAAAUUACACCUGCUCCACCGGCAACUGCUUCAUUCUUCAACGUGAUGAAGUGGAUCCCGUGUGCAGAAAGUAUGUGUACUUUUAA